CCGGAAAUAUUUAACUACUUAGCCCUCGGCGGAAGCCAACGGGGAGAGAGAUUGCAGAGGAGUGGAUGACAAUCACGUGGUCUCUCGUGUCCGACAAAAUCCAAUAGGUCCCCAAUCGACCCCUCCUGCUCCUCUACCUCUGAACCGAGCUGUUGCUGUUCCUGGAGAAGAAGCUCGCCCAUGGCGGAUGGCGGCACUGCAUCUACCGACCGUUCAACGCACAUCCACGACCUCCCCGACGCCGUCCUUUCUCACACCUUCUCCCUCGUUCGGGACGUCCGCACGCGCAACUCCAUCUCCCUCACCUGCAGCAAGUGGCGCUCACUCGAACGUCUUACACGCACAUCCCUGUCUCUUCGAGGCAACAUCCGUGAUCUCUUCCUCCUCCCCAACUGCUUCCCUUCCAUCUCUCAUCUCGACCUCUCCCUCCUCUCUCCAUGGGGUCAUCAUCCCGCUGACUUCCAUCUUCUCACCUACCGACUCCUUCAAGCUUUCCCCUCAGUCGUUUCGCUCACCGUCUACGCUCGCUCCGCGGCCAUGGCUCUCAAUUGGCCGAAUCUCCGGCACGUUUCACUUGUGCGGUGGCAUCCGCGGCCUAAUCAGCAGCCGGGCGACGAUCUCAGUCCUCUUCUUUCUUCGUGCCCUAAUCUUACAUCUUUAGAUCUAUCACGGUUCUAUUGCUGGCCGGAAGAUGUCCCCGCCGCGUUGUCUUCUCACCCUUUGGCUGCUGAGUCGUUGACCCAUCUCGAUCUCCUCUGCUCUGCAGCGUCCGAGGGUUACCGAUCAUCUGAGCUGGUUGCGAUUGCGGUUCUUUGCACUAAUCUCCGCCGGUUGCUUGUUCCCUGUGUUUUCAAUCCUAGGUUUUUCGAUUUCGUCGGUGACGAAGGGAUUCUUGCAGUGGCCGCUGCUUGCCCGAAGCUAUCCUUGCUUCAUCUUGCUGAUCCUUUCACCCUUUCACCCUCCCGCGAUUUUUCUGAUUCCACCACCACCCCACGCGGCGAGUCACGUAUCACCCGCGCCGGGCUCAUCGGGCUGUUUUCAGCACUACCGCUUCUUGAAGAUCUAACCCUUGAUCUUUGCCAUGAUGUGGUAGAUUCCGGGUCGGCAUUGGAAAUUCUGAGCCACCGAUGCCCUCGCAUCCGAUCCUUGAAGCUUGGGCGAUUCCAGGGAGUAUGUAUAGCAGCUGGGCUUCAUCUCGACGGCGUAGCAGUCUGUGGGGGGUUGCGGAAUUUAUGCAUCAAGAACUCAGAUGAUCUUUCUGAUUCUAGCCUCGCCACCAUUGCUCGGGGCUGCCGUCAGCUCUCCAGAUUUGAAAUCCAUGGCUGCGCCAUGGUUUCCGAAACAGGGAUCAAGAAAUUAGCCGCAACGCUUCGCUCCACACUCAAAGACGUGAUGAUCUCCAACUGCAAGAACCUUGAUUCAGCUUCAUCGCUUCGUGCCCUGGGGCCAAUUCGAGACCGCAUCGAGCGGCUUCACAUCGACUGUGUCUGGGAGAAACCGGGGACUUUGCAGCCAGAGGUCGCAACAGAUGAUCCUGAUUGUGAUGACGACGAAUUCCAGCUCGAUGGCGAAGGCUUGUCGAGCAAAAAAUGCAGGUAUUCUGACCAGAACGACAACUGCAGCAAUGGUGACGGUGAAUUCUGGUGCAAGACAUUCAAUCGCCUUCGAUCUCUUUCGCUGUGGCUACCUGCAGGAGAGGUGCUGAGCCCAUUACCAGAAUCGGGGCUGGAGAACUGCCCUGAAUUGGAGGAGAUAAGCAUCAAGGUGGAGGGUGAUUGCAGAACUUGCACACGCCCUACCCAGCCUGUUUUUGGACUGAGCUCACUGACUUUAUACCCUCAGCUAUCAAAGAUGAAGCUUGAUUGUGGGGAAGCCAUUGGCUACGUUUUGACGGCUCCCACAGGACAUAUGGAUCUCAGCUUGUGGGAGAGAUUCUAUCUCCAUGGAAUUGGUGAUCUGAACCUGUGUGAGCUGGACUACUGGCCACCUCAAGACAAGGAGGUGAAUCGGAGAAGCUUAUCACUUCCAGCAACUGGAUUGAUACGAGGAUGUUUAUCAUUGAGGAAGCUCUUCAUCCAUGGGACUGCGAAUGAACAUUUCAUGAGUUUUUUUUUGGAGAUGCCGAAUCUGAGGGAUGUACAGCUUAGGGAGGAUUAUUACCCGGCGCCGGAUAAUGACAUGAGCACAGAGAUGAGAGUGGAUUCGUGCAGUAGGUUUGAGGAUGCGUUGAACAGGAGGAUUAUACCUGAUUAGAGGAAUUGCAGAGUUCUGGGGAUUGAGAAGGUGUAGAUUAUUUUGAAUUUAAUGAAAGCAAAACCUGCCUUUUUUUCCCUUUUUUUUUACUUCGAAGCAGUAGUAGAGCCAAGUUUACCAGGCCUUUUUUCAUAGUGGGACUAAUGAUUUAUUCUAGCAUUUGCUAGUUAAAAAAAA